AUGGUCGCCCGUGCGUUUCCAGACGAGGCUGCCGUGCUGCCGGACCUCGCGGCUAUGGAGAAGAUUGAGCACGAAGCGCGUCGAGAGCGCGAAGCUGCGGAAGCUGUUCCAGAAGGAGCUCCUAAUGUCUUUGAGCCGGUGCGAGCCGCGCGCGAGAAGAUUGCCAAGCUCGACUCGCUCUUGGAGAAAGCCAGUCUCUACUCGAGUUUCCUGUUUGCCAACAUGGAGCUCGCGGCACAAACAAGCGGCGACGGGGUCGAACCGACUGAAGCUGACACGACUGUCGAGCGCAAGCGCAAGCGGGACACGCCGUCGUCGCCGACGGGACCCAAGAAGGCGAGACAAGGGGUCGACAAGCUGCGUGAAGUGCAAGAAGACGCGGUGCUGGACGCCCACCAGCAGCAACUGAAAAACGGGUCGUUCCCGCAACCAAAGCUCCUCACGGGCGGCACACUGCGUGUCUACCAGCUCGAAGGCAUUCAGUGGCUUUGCAACUUGUUUGAGAACGGUCUGAACGGCAUAUUGGCCGAUGAAAUGGGACUGGGCAAGACGAUUCAAGUGAUUGGACUUCUUGCCCACCUCAAGGCGCUCGGAGUGCGCGGACCGCAUCUCAUUGUCGCUCCUUUAUCGACGCUGAUGAAUUGGGCCUCCGAGUUUCGCAAGUGGGCGCCGCAGAUGCCUGUAGUUGUCUACCACGGCACAAAACUGGAGCGGAAAAACAUGCGCAAGCACGAACUCAGUAGCAAAAGGAAGAGUCACGUCGACUUUCCUGUUGUUAUUUCGUCGUACGAGGUCAUGUUGGCCGACGCCAGGGCGUUUACGAACUCGGGUUUUGUGUGGAAGUACAUGGUGAUUGACGAAGGGCAUCGUCUGAAGAACAUGGACUGCAAACUCGUGCGCGAGCUCAAGCGAGGACGCUCGGAGAAUCGACUGCUACUGACUGGAACGCCGUUGCAGAACAACUUGACAGAGCUAUGGUCGCUGCUGAACUUUAUUCUGCCGGAUGUGUUUGAUGACCUCGAGCUGUUUGAGAGUUGGUUCUCGUUUACGCCCGAUGCUGUGGCAACUGCUACAGCUACGAAUGAAUCGGUAGCGACACAAGAUGUGCUGCAAGGCGAGAAGAAAAUUGAGGUGAUCGCAAAGCUGCACGAGAUCUUGCGACCUUUUCUUCUUCGUCGCCUGAAAGUCGACGUCGUGGAAGAGAUGGUAUCGAAAACGGAGAUUUUCGUGUACUGCUCCAUGACGCCGAUCCAGCGUGAGUACUACAAGAUGAUAUGUGACGGAACGCUUGCAAAGGCGAUGGAAAAGAAGUACGGCAAAUCUCAAGCGCAGCAGGCGUUCAGUACGCGGACGUUGAGAAACAAAGUGAUGCACAUGCGAAAGUGCUGCUUGCACCCUUAUCUGUUUGACGAACCGUUAUCCGCAACAGGAGAUGUUGUGACGGAUGAAAAGAUCGUCGAGAUGUCUGGAAAAAUGAUGGUGUUGGACAAGAUGCUGCGCGAGCUGAAGCGUAAGGGCCACAAAGCUCUCAUCUUUAGCCAGAUGACACGUGUCUUGGACAUUCUAGAAGAUUAUUUAUCCAUGCGGGAGUACAGCUACUGCCGAUUAGACGGCAGCACGAAGCUGGUCGAUCGCGAAGACCAGAUGCAGAAGUUCAACAAAGUGUCUGCUGGGUCCGUGUCGACGAACGAUGACGACAAUGUCUUUGUUUUCAUGCUAUCGACGCGCGCUGGCGGUCUCGGCAUUAACUUGAUCGCAGCUGACACUGUCAUAUUCUUUGACUCGGACUGGAACCCGCAGCAGGACAAUCAAGCGAUGGACCGCUGCCAUCGGAUCGGUCAGAAGAACGAAAUCAUCGUGUAUCGUCUUGUGACCGAAAACUCGUUUGAGGAUCGCAUGACGCAGCGGGCGUUUGAAAAGCGUAAGCUUGAGCGCGUCGUCAUCCAACGUGGUGGGUUCAAGCAGCGCACAACCCCUGCAGAGACGGCCAGACUUACCAGUACGGAGCUGGAGGAUUUAUUGAAAGACGACGUGGAAAUUCGUAAGGGUGUGGAGAGCGGUGGCAUCACCGACAUGGAGCUGAGUCAGAUUCUGGAUCGCGAGCUGGUUGUCAGGAGUUUCGUGCGACCGAUCAACGAUGGACCUGAAGGAGAAACGUCGUCAGAUUUGGACGUGAUUCCGUCCAAAGGCCAUGGUUACGAAGUGGUGGAAAACGCACCGGCAUCGAUGGAGGGUUUCGCAUAA